GUAGCUCUCCAGGGUGCUGAAAACGCAACCGAGGCAGCUGUCAGGGCUUCACCUGUCACUCCCCUCCAGGCCAAAACUAAAGAACAAUGGCCUUUCAAGAUGAGCAAGAAAAUAUGUCAAGGUGAUGUGGAUCCAGAGGGGGAAACGUGCAAAACUGGACUGAUAUGACAUGAAAUGUGAACAAAAUGUUUCACUAGCUUUAACAAACUGGAAGUACAAUGCAACAAAUUCCUCCAAACUUCAAAUGGCCACUAUGGGAGUCCAGCCAGCCACGUGUGCCAGUCGUUAAAACAAGAAACGUUUUCCCGAAUUUGCCGGUUUAUAACUUCUCACUAUGGAUUCUACUUGGAGUGUUGACUUUCCCGUGUUGCGUGCACUGUUUAAUUUUCAAAGUUGGAGUUUUAGGACCUUGGAACUGCGAUCCAAUUUAUUACAAGACGUAUCCUACUGCCGCAGCCAGACUGGCGGUGAGCAGGAUCAACAGAGAUCCCAAUCUAGACCUGGGCCUAACAAUGGAUUUUAUCAUUCUACAAGAACCAUGUGAAACUUCCAAAGCCCUCACUGCGUUUAUUUACUACGAGGAACGAGCUGAUGCAUUCGUAGGCCCCACAACCCCCGGAUAUUGCACAGCCGCGUCGCUUUUAUCCAAAAACUGGGGAAAAGCCCUGUUCUCCUAUGGAUGCAUAAACUACGAACUGGACAGAGCGACUGGAUACCCAACUUUUUCCAGGACAGUGCCUGCACCCAGCGACGUGUUGUUCACCGUGUUCAAACACUUCAGAUGGGCUACAAUCGCUGUGGUUUCAUCGAAGGAGAACCUCUGGAUCGAAUCUGCUGGAAGAGUGGCCACGGCUUUGAGGAACAGAGGGCUCCCUGUGAGUGUGGUGGCCUCUGUGGGCAAUGAGACAGACAUGGAAAGUACAUUUAACCAGAUCGAGGCAGCGCCAGACGUCAGAGUAAUCGUCAUGUGCAUGCACUCGGUGUUGAUUGGAGGCGAGCAGCAGGCCGUUUUUCUUCUAGCUGCUCAGGAGAGAGGCCUGACGUCUGGAAAGUACGUGUUUGUUCCUUACGACACACUCCACUACAGCGUGCCCUACAAAAACGUCACGCACUUUGCCUUGAAAAACAACAGUCGACUGAGAGAAGCCUACGACGCCGUGCUCACCGUUACCAUGGCGUCCGACCCCCUGUCUUUCUAUGAGGCGUUCAAUGCUGCAAAAAUGUCCCAGGAAGUGACAUUAACGGUGACGCCAGAGCAGGUAAACCCUCUGUUUGGCACCAUCUAUAACAGCCUCUACCUUCUGGCUGAGGCCGUCCACAGCACCAGGAAAGCCGGCAUGACACUGUCGGGCUCCAAUCUGGUUUAUUUCACCAGAAACAUUGUCUUCAACGGAUUUAACCAACAAUAUGUAGUUGACAAGGCCGGAGAAGUCAAAACCAACUACAUCGUACUGGACACUGACAAAGGCUACACUCUGUACCAAACCUACCUGGUGGAUCUAAAAACAUCUAAGCUGCAGUUUGCUGGAAAGUCCAUAUUUUUCCCUGGAGGAGGACCACCUCCGUCUGACUCAAUCUGCUGGUUUGACCCGACCAUUCCUUGCACUGGAGGUUUGGAGGUGACAUACAUCAUCAUUGUCUUUGUUGUGACCUUUGCACUGGGUCUUGCAGCUCUUGGAAUAAGUUUCUACAUAAGGAGGAGGCUUCAGCAAAUGCAGCUGAUUAAAGGACCAAAUCGGAUUCUUUUGACACUGGAAGAUCUGACUUUUAUCAACCCGCAGCUGAGCAGAAAGAAAAUCACUUUGGAAGAUCUGAGUGAGUCUAAAAGUGCGAUAGAAGAGAAGUCGCAGGAUCGAUCCCACUCUGUGAACAGCAUGCAGACGGCCACUCACGAGAACACCAACGUCGCCAUUUAUGAGGGUGACUGGGUGUGGCUUAAGAAAUUUGAGGAUGGACAGUUUAAAGAAGUGAAGCAGAAUACCACCAAGAUUUUCACAAAGAUGAAGGACCUCCGAAACGAGAACGUGAACCCGUUCUUGGGCUUCUUCCAGGACACCUCCAUGUUUGCCGUGGUGACGGAGCAUUGUUCCCGGGGCAGUCUGCAGGACCUGCUCAGGAACGAGGACGUGAAGCUGGACUGGAUGUUCAAGUCGUCUCUCGUGCUGGACCUCAUCAAAGGGAUGAAAUACCUUCACCACAGAGACUUUCCUCACGGGAGGCUGAAAUCUCGUAACUGUGUGGUCGACGGUCGCUUCGUCCUCAAAAUCACAGACUAUGGUUUUAACGAGUUACUGGAGUCGCAGAAAGCCCCUUAUGAAGAACCACCACCUGAGGAGUUGUUUUGGACCGCUCCAGAGUUCCUGAGAGACCUUCCGAGUUCCCGCAGAGGCACAUAUAAAGGAGACGUGUACAGUUUUGCAAUUAUCCUCCAGGAAGUGGUGGUGCGAGGGCCUCCGUACUGCAUGCUCGGACUGCCUCCUCAAGAGAUCAUCCGUAAAGUGAGGAAGCCCCCUCCGAUGUGCCGUCCCACUGUGGCUCCUGAUCAGGCGCCUCUGGAGUGUAUCCAGCUCAUGAAACAGUGUUGGAGCGAACUGCCCGAGCGAAGGCCGAACUUUGACGAGAUCUUUGACAGGUUCAAGAUCAUCAACAAAGGCAAGAAGACCAACAUCAUUGACUCGAUGCUGCGGAUGUUAGAACAGUACAGCUCAAACCUGGAGGACCUGAUCAGGGAGCGCACGGAGGAGCUGGAGGUGGAGAAGCAGAGAACAGAGAAACUACUGUCAGAAAUGCUCCCACCUUCAGUAGCAGAGGCCCUGAAAACCGGUGCCACAGUGGAGCCAGAGUACUUUGACCAGGUGACCAUUUACUUCAGUGACAUCGUGGGCUUUACCACCAUCUCCUCCCUCAGUGACCCCAUCGAGGUGGUGGACCUCCUGAAUGACCUCUACACUCUGUUUGACGCUGUGCUUUCCAACCAUGAUGUCUAUAAGGUGGAGACCAUAGGCGAUGCUUACAUGGUGGCGUCCGGUUUACCGAAGAGAAACGGAAACAAACACGCCGCAGAGGUCGCCAACAUGUCCCUGAACAUCCUCAGCUCCGUGGGGACUUUCAGGAUGCGCCACAUGCCCGACAUCCCGGUCCGGAUCCGCAUCGGGAUCCACUCAGGACCAUGUGUUGCUGGAGUGGUCGGUCUCACGAUGCCUCGGUAUUGCCUUUUUGGAGACACAGUCAACACUGCCUCAAGAAUGGAAUCCACGGGACUGCCUUAUAGAAUCCAUGUAAAUCUUACCACUGUAAAAAUCCUGCGUUCUCUGAAUGAGGGAUACAAAAUCGACGUCAGGGGCAAGACUGAGCUGAAGGGUAAAGGGAUUGAAGAGACGUACUGGCUCGUAGGAAAGACAGGAUUUACAAAACCAUUGCCGAGACCUCCAGACAUCAGACCAGGGGACAACUGGCAGGAGAUGGUGACAGAGGAAAUCAAGACUCUAUUUCGAAAGGCAAAUCGGUCAGUGGACAAAAAGACUUGAAUGAGGAGACCUGAGGACGGACACUGCAGCUCUCUCUGAGGCUUAUGCAGACGGAUUUAAAAGGAUUGUCCAUCGUCAGGCUAAUCUUCCUGCAGCCAGCGCAGCAGAACAAGAUGGUGCUAAUGUAAUGAGAGUGGAUGCAUUACCCAGCGCUACAGACGGGCAGUGGUCCCAUGCACUCUGCACUCACUGACCACUGGGUGGUCACCUACAACUAACAUGAACUUUACCAACUUCAAUCAGACUGCCUAUUUUAUUCUCUAGAUAUUUACAGUUUUGCUUCGACAAAGGGCCAUUCGCCUCAUAAAUCACAUGAGGCCAGUAGAUGUUAGUAGAUGUUCGCUCUCCAGAGUUGGAGCUGUUGGCUGCUAAACUACUACGACACUUUAUGACAUUUUGAUUCUUUAGAAAUUUAAAUGACAAAAACACUAAAUGUCAGCAAAAAUCAAGCCCCUGUAAUGGUGAGACUAGCAUUUUGAAUUUAUCUGAGUAAAGAGAGCUGUAGAAACGUGCUCACUGCUCCAAUGAUUUAUUACAAACUCACACAUUUAUGUCAUAUUUGAUCUAUAUUUUGUGAAGUGUUUUCGGUCACAGCGUAUGACUCAGUUAGUUUUUACAGAUGCAUAAUGUAAAGAUGCAGUGUUAAAAUGCUCAGCAGGCUUUUGCUUAACUUUGACCAAGAUAAACUCUUUAAAAGGAUUAAAGGAACUCUAUUCUUUUAAUUUUUUGCAGUUCAUUGAUUCUUCAUGGAAUUCUUUAACAAUAAGUGUUAACUUUUAACUUCUUAAUUUUUUUAAUCUUUAAUUGAUGUAAACAGUAUAUAUUGUUUUACAACUCUGUGAGCACUGACUUAUAUUUUCAACUUAUUUGAACAAAUAAUUCAAAUACUUUGUAUAAGAUUCGCAAUUUUAUUUAUUAAUUUUGGCCCAUUUUCUAAAUGAAAAAUAUUAUGACAAUGGUCAAAGCUUUGUGAGCAGAUACUAACUGUAUUAUUUAUUUUGUAUGUUAAACCUGUCUUGUGCAAUGCAAAACUAUUCAUAAAUCUAAAUGACAGAU